AGGAGGAGGAGCCGGAGCCGGAGCCGGAGCCGGAGCCGAAGCGGGAGGAGCCCCCUCCUCCCCGCCCCUCGCCAGACUCCCCCCCACCCUCAGCCUCCCUCCCCCACCGCAAGGUCCUCCUCUCUGCUCCGGCUGCUCCCGAGAAGCCCCUCCUCUCCAACCCCAGCCGGGCUCCUUUCCCAGCUCGCGCCUCCCCCUCCCCGCAGCCCCCUCCCCCCAUCGGGAGGUCCCCCUCCCCGCCUCCCAGGCCGGGGGCAUUGUUCCCCGGGAAGGUCCGGAGAGAGGCUGGCGGGCGGGGCCAUGGGGGCCCGGCCCCCUCCGCCGCCCGGGCAGGGUCUGGGGGUCCCCCCCGGGGGCCUGUGAGCCGAGCCCGCCCAGCGCCCGGCCGCGCGGCCGCCCGGCUCCGUGCCCCGGCUCCCCUCCCCUCCCCCCAGGUGAUCCGCCUCGGCCGGGGGGAGGCUCGGGGGCUCCCGCGGCCAUGGUGGACCCCGUGGGCUUCGCCGAGGCGUGGCGGGCGCAGUUCCCGGCCUCGGAGCCUCCCCGCAUGGAGCUGGGCUCGGUGAGCGCCAUCGAGCAGGAGCUCCAGCGCUGCCAGGCGUCCAUCCGGAGGCUGGAGCUGGAGGUCAACCAGGAGCGCUUCCGCAUGAUCUACCUGCAGACGCUGCUGGCCAAGGAGAGGAAGAGCUACGACCGGCGGCGCUGGGGCUGCCCCGGGGCCGAGCCCCCGGCCGAGCCCCCGGCCGCCGAGCGGGAGGGCCCCGGCAAGUCCCCGCGGACGCCUCCGGCCGCCGAGCGGGAGGGCCCCGGCAAGCCCCCGCGGACGCCCCCGGCCGCCGACGGCUCGCCCCGGGCGCGCGCCCGGGGCCAGCCGCCCAGCGUGGCCGCCCUGCGCUCCACCUUCGAGCGGGCCCGCGGCGGCCCCGGGCCCGGCGGCGGCGGCGACGACAAGCCCUUCUACGUGAACGUGGAGUACCACCAGGAGCGCGGGCUGGUGAAGGUCAACGACAAGGAGGUCUCGGAGCGCAUCAGCUGCCUGGGCAGCCAGGCCAUGCAGCAGGAGCGCCGCAAGGGCCAGCCACCUGCCGGGGCCCCCGCCGCGCGGCCCGCCUGCUGGGAGCCCGCCGCCGCCGGCGACUACGAGGACGCCGAGCUGAACCCGCGCUUCCUGCGGGACAACCUGCUGAGCGCGCGGCCCGCCGACUGCCAGCCCGGCCCCGGCGCCUGCGGCCCCGCGCCCGACGAGGCCCGGGGCCCCGCGGCCUGGCGCGAGCACAAGCCGCUGACCUGGCCGCGCCGCUCCUACUCCCCGCGCAGCUUCGAGGACAUCGGCGGCGGCUACACCCCCGACUGCAGCUCCAACGAGAACCUCACGUCCAGCGAGGAGGACUUCUCCUCGGGCCCCAGCCCCACGGCCGGGGGCCACUCGGAGCGCCGCCAGAGCCGCUCGCCGUCGCAGACCUCCCAGCAGUCCCUGGACAGCAGCAGCCCCCCGACGCCCCAGGCCCAGAAGCGGCCCCGGCCGGGCCAGGUGGUGGUGGCCGAAGCCACCAUCGUGGGCGUCCGGAGGACGGGCCAGAUCUGGCCCGGGGACGAUGGCGCGGCCGCCCGCGAGGGGGCUUUCCCCGGAGAGCCAGACACGGCGUUCGGGACCCCGCCGGGCUACGCCUAUGACGCGGACCACGCGGAGGAACAGAGGCGCCAGCAGGACCGGAUGCCCUUCAUCGACGACUCGCCCUCCUCCUCGCCGCGCCUCGGGGGCCAGAGCAGGGUCGGCCGCGACGCGCUGACCUCGGGCACGAGCGAGCUGGAUGUGGAGAAGGGCCUGGAGAUGAGAAGAUGGGUCCUGUCCGCCAUCUUGGACAGUGAAAAAACCUACCUGGGCCACCUGGAGGCCCUGCUGCUGCCCAUGAAGCCCCUCAAGGCCGCAGCCACCACGUCCCAGCCGGUGCUGACGGGCCAGCAGAUCGAGACCAUCUUCUUCAACGUCCCGGAGCUCUACGAGAUCCACAAGGAGUUCUACGACGGGCUGGGCCCCCGUGUGGAGCGCUGGAGCCAGCAGCAGCAGGUCGGGGACCUCUUCCAGAAGCUGGCCAGCCAGCUCGGGGUGUACCGGGCCUUCGUGGACAACUACGAGGCGGCCAUCGAGAUGGCGGACCGGUGCUGCCAGGCCAACGCCCAGUUUGCCGAGAUCUCGGAGAACCUGCGAGCCCGAAGCAUGAAGGACUCCAAAGAUCCGACGACCAAAAAUUCUUUGGAAACUCUGCUUUACAAGCCCGUGGACCGCGUGACCCGCAGUACCCUGGUCCUUCACGACUUGCUGAAGCACACGCCUCCCAGCCACCCGGACCACCCCCUGCUGCAGGACGCCCUGAGGAUCUCCCAGAACUUUCUGUCCAGCAUCAACGAAGAGAUCACGCCCCGGAGGCAGUCCAUGACAGUCAAGAAGGGCGAGCAUCGGCAGCUCCUGAAGGACAGCUUCAUGGUGGAGCUGGUGGAGGGUGCCCGCAAGCUCCGGCAUGUCUUUCUCUUCACGGACCUCUUCCUGUGUGCCAAGCUCAAGAAGCAGCUAGGAGGGAAGAACCAGCAAUACGACUGCAAGUGGUACAUCCCGCUCACAGACCUGAGCUUCCAGACCCUGGACGAGGCCGAGGCGGCGCCCACCAUCCCCCUGGUGCCCGACGAGGAGCUAGAUGCCAUGAAGAUCAAGAUCUCCCAGCUCAAGAGUGACAUUCAGCGGGAAAAGAGGGCAAACAAAGGCAGCAAGGCCAUCGAGAGGCUUAAGAAGAAGCUCUCGGAGCAAGAGUCUCUGCUACUGCUCAUGUCGCCCAGCAUGGCCUUCAGGGUCCACAACCGCCACGGCAAGAGCUACACGUUCCUCAUCUCAUCCGACUAUGAGCGCGCGGAGUGGAGGGAGAACGUCCGAGAGCAGCAGAAGAAGUGUUUCAAGAGCUUCUCUCUCACCUCCCUGGAGAUCCAGAUGCUGACCAACUCCUGUGUCAAGCUGCAGACCGUCCAUCACAUCCCCCUGACCAUCAACAAGGAAGAUGAUGAAUCCACCGGACUCUACGGCUUUCUGAACGUCAUCGUCCAUUCGGCCACAGGAUUCAAACAGAGCUCGAAUCUCUACUGCACCCUGGAGGUCGACUCCUUCGGCUACUUCGUGAACAAAGCCAAGACGCGGGUCUACAGGGACACGGCCGAGCCCAACUGGAAUGAGGAAUUCGAGAUCGAGCUGGAGGGCUCGCAGACCCUGCGGCUCCUGUGCUAUGAGAAAUGCUACCACAAGACCAGGCUCAGCAGGGAAGACGGCGAGACUACGGACCGCAUGAUGGGCAAGGGGCAGAUGCAGCUGGACCCCCAGGCCCUCCAGGACAAGGACUGGCAGCGGGCCAUCAUCGCCAUGAACGGUAUCGAGGUGAAGCUGUCGGUGAAGUUCACCAGCCGGGAGUUCAGCUUGAAGAGGAUGCCCUCCCGCAAGCAAACGGGCGUCUUCGGGGUCAAGAUCGGGGUGGUCACCAAGAGGGAGAGGUCCAAGGUGCCGUACAUCGUGCGCCAGUGCGUGGAGGAGAUCGAGCGCCGCGGCAUGGAGGAAGUGGGCAUCUACCGCGUGUCGGGGGUGGCCACCGACAUCCAGGCCUUGAAGGCCGCCUUCGACGUCAACAAUAAAGACGUGUCCGUGAUGAUGAGCGAGAUGGACGUCAACGCCAUCGCGGGGACACUCAAGCUCUACUUCCGGGAGCUGCCCGAGCCCCUCUUCACCGACGAGCUCUACCCCAGCUUUGCCGAGGGCAUCGCGCUCUCCGACCCCGUGGCCAAGGAGAGCUGUAUGCUGAACCUGCUGCUGUCCCUGCCCGAGCCCAGCCUCCUCACCUUCCUCUUCCUUCUGGACCAUCUGAAAAGGGUGGCCGAAAAGGAGACGGUCAACAAGAUGUCGCUCCACAACCUGGCCACGGUCUUCGGCCCCACCCUGCUGAGGCCUUCGGAGAAAGAGAGCAAGGCGCCCCCUGCCCCGAGCCAGCCCCUCACCAUGGCGGACAGCUGGUCCCUGGAGGUCAUGGCCCAGGUCCAGGUGCUGCUCUAUUUCCUGCAGCUGGAGACGCUGCCGGCCCCCGACACCAAGAGACAGAGCAUCCUUUUUUCCACCGAAGUGUGACCGGGUGCGGCAGGAGUGGGGCCCGGGGGCCCUGAGAGGAGCACGAGGAGCCUCCCUUCCCGUGGCAGGGGGAGCAGAGGCGGCACUAGGCGGGGGCCCCGGGAAGGGCUCGAGAGCAGAGCCGGCGGGCUCCCUGCCCCCGGCCAGGAGGACACCGAGGCUUCUCGGGGAGGCGGCCUGCCCUGAGACCCCCCCGCGCCGCUCCCUCUCCCACCUCCUCGAGCAUGGAGGCCCUGCCAGAGGGCCGAGGGCGCGGCCCCCCCCCCACCCCCGGUGCGGCCCCCGGCCUUCUUUAGCCGUCACCGCCACCAGUGGCCCCCACGGCCUCCGCUUGCUGACCGACUUCUCCUUCUCACUUUGUGUCUGAAGAGACUCCGAUACUUGAAUCUCGAGUCCCCCGACCUCCUCCGCCCUCUCUGGGGCCCCUGCGCUGACGAGGGCCCGGGCGUCCUGGGAGCGAAGUCUUCUCUGGGGGGAGGGGCUCCGGCCUCUCCCUGCUCUCUGAGGUUUGCGGGGGCAGGAAGCUCCUCCUGGGGCCUGGUCCAUCUGGGCCUGCACCCGCCUGUGCGGACCUGGGCCAGUAUGUCCUGGCCAGGCCCCGUAUGUCCUGGCCGGGCCCCAUCUGUCCUGGCCGGGCCCCAUCUGUCCUGGCCCGGGCCCCAUCUGUCCUGGCCGGGCCCCAUCUGUCCUGGCCGGGCCCCAUCUGUCCGGGCCGGGCCCCAUCUGUCCUGGCCGGGCCCCAUCUGUCCUGGCCGGGCCCCAUCUGUCCGGGCCGGGCCCCAUCUGUCCGGGCCGGGCCCUUGGUGGCAGCCCCGGCCUCCUCUGCCCUGGGAACCCCUGCGGUUCGGGCAGGUGAGAAGUUACGGACCUUCCUCCUCCUCUUCCCCCCCCAUCUCUGGCGGCUUGUAGACACUGGGGGGGCCCUGCCCGGCCCCCCGUCCCCCUCAGUUCUUAUUUAUAUAGGACGUGGAAUGUUGACUAUUAAACCACAGAUUUUAUUGUG